AGUUGCCAGAUUUAUCUCUCAGUUGCAGCACAGUGGAGUAAAGAUAAAAAAAAAAGUGUGUCAAGUCGAGAAGACACUAGGAUACCUCACCAGCACUGUACUGUUUGCGCUAAAGGUGGAUUUGGAUUUUAUGUACAACAUGACAUUUGAGGAACUAAAUGCGGAUUAUUCUCAGGAAAGAAUGGACACGGUGGCCAAAGCUUUGGAGGAAGUCCUCACCUCUGCGCUGCCACAGGGAGGCAUUACAGUCGGCGUCUACGAGGCUGCCAAGUCGCUCAAUGUAGACCCUGAUAAUGUGGUUCUGUGCGUCCUGGCUGCAGAUGAAGAGGACGUUAAAGACGUGGCCCUGCAGAUCCACUUUACUCUCAUUCAGGCUUUUUGCUGCGAGAAUGACAUCAACAUCCUGAAAGUCAAUAACACCAGGCGCCUGGCACAAAUAUUGGGUGGUGGGGGAGGUGGAAAACAGAGCGGGGGCGAACCUUUGGACCUCCACUGUGUCCUUGUCACUAGCCCACAUUCUACAUCAUGGAAGGACCCAGCUCUGAGCAAACUGAGCAGAUUCUGCAGAGAGAGCCGCUGCAUGGACCAGUGGGUACCCAUCAUCAACUUGCCUGAACGAUGAACUUUAACCAGCGACAAAAAUGUGUCCAGAGACGAAUUUUAUCUGCACACAAAGAGAGGCGUGAACCCUGAUGGACACAGAUUACCAUCCAAAGAUCAAAUUCCAAAGCACUGCUGAUUUGGGGGGGAAGAAAAUACCUGGAAGAAAAGAGGGGGGAAAAAAACCUUGCUCUCUGUAUGAGAUGAUGUAUUUAAAGGAUGAGGAGGGGGAAAAAAGCAGGAGUUGGAUUUUCACAGGACUGUUUGGAGUUGCAUCUGUCAGCCUUGGCAAUCGAGAUGAGACGGCGAGGUUCUUGUAUCAUCACACAGUGGAAAUGGCAUGCUUUUUUUUUUUUCCUUCUUCUUUUCUUUCUUUAAAUGUGACACUGGCUGGACACAGUACAGACGGAUACUAUCAUGUGUUUGUUUGGUAAAGGACUCUGUGACGGAGAAGUCAGAAAAGUGUGGGGAAACCAGAACGUGGAGCCGUUGAGUGGACCAAGGCCUCGGCCUCUCUCUGCAGAAACAAAGCACUCGUUGAAACACUGGACCUACUGCAGUUUCACUUGUUUGAUUAAAAACUGUUAAUGUUCACUUUGCUGUUGUGAUAAUUUAUAUUUAAAAAAGAGAGAAAAAAGGGAAGGGCUACACAUCCAGUGAAGACAUUUUGUGUAUCUAGUGUUUCUAAUACCAGCUGGCUUCUUGCCACAAGUGAAAUAGUUCUUUUGUUACAAUUUAAAUUAUUUCUAAUUAUAUUUAAGUGUAUUUAUGUUUCUUUUUUCCUUUUUCUUUUUUUUUUUAUAUAUAUAAAAAAAUAUUUGUAAUAUCUGAAUACAAGACACUUAUCUGUAUUGGUGUCAAUAAAAGUAUUUUGUUUUUGGAACAAGAA